UGUGUCAGGACUAACAACGACCUCCCGGAAACAGAAGCAGCUCCACCGACACGAAGGACACCUGGCAGGUGACAUGAAGACUCAACCAGCAGUGUUUCCUGCAGACGUCCAGCAGCUGUCGGUGGGUGAAGAAGAUCCUCAUGAGCAGCAGGAGGGGAGCUCCAGUCUGGACCAGGAGGACUCUGAGACUGUGCACAUUAAAGAGGAACAGGAGGAACUGUGGAGCAGUCAGGAGGGACUGGAGGAGGCUGAUAUCAAGUUCCCCUUCACUCCUGUCUCUGUGAAGAGUGAAGAUGAUGAAGAGAGACCUCAGUCCUCACAGCUUCAUCACAGACACACUGAAGAGAUGGAAACAGGAGCUGAUGGAGAGGACUGUGGAGGACCAGAACCAGAGAGGAACUCAGAUCCAGAGAGAGGUUUCUAUCCAGAGAUCGAGGUCAAGACUGAAGACUCCUCUGAACCUGAAACUGAAGACAGUGAUGAUUGGAAAGAGACCAGAGAACAUCAUUCAGGUGUAAACUCUGUGGAAAAGAUUAAAGCUCAGAGAAAAAAGACUCACACCUGCUCUGAGUGUGGGAAAACAUUCAUAAGGAAAAGGAAUCUGAGCCAACACAUGAUGAUUCACACGGGAGAGAAACCGUUCUGCUGCUCUGAGUGUGGUAAAAGCUUCAACAACAAGGGACAUCUGAGCAGACAUUUGAUCACUCAUAGCAGAGAGAAACCAUUCAGCUGCUCUGAGUGUGGUAAAAAGUUUAACCAUAAAGAAAGUAUGACCAGACACAUGGUCAUUCAUACAAGGGAGAAACCGUUCAGCUGCUCUGAGUGUGGUAAAAGAUUUAACGACAAAGCUAAUCUGUCCAAACACAUGAGAAUUCACACGGGAGAGAAACUCUUCAGCUGCUCGGAAUGUGGAAAAUCAUUUCAACAAAAGUCUCAUCUGAAAGUUCACAUAGCUCAUAACCGAGGGGAGAAACCCUUCAGCUGCACUGACUGUGACAAAACCUUCUCUUGGCCCUUUCAGUUAAAAAAACACAAGUGUGCUGGCCGUCAGGCUUCAGGGUGUCAGAGACCAGAAACAGGAAGUGAUGGAAAUGUUUGUGGAGAACCAGAAGAAGACAGGAUCUAAGACGAAGAGAGACAAUGACAUCCAGAGACUGAAAGUAGAGACUCCUCUGACUGUGAGACUAAACACAGAGAUGAACAUCAGUCAGGUUUACAGGAACAAAUAAUGAAUUUUAAUGUUUCCCCUCACAUUCAUUUGGAGGGGCGACUCUAAAAGAAAGGCACAAAAUACUUUAUUCACCUGCGCGCCGUUUCCCAGGUGCCGAUACAUGUCAAAUCUGGCAGUAAUAAGUAAUAAGUGAGGCCCCGAUCACUACAAUGGAUUCUCUUGACUUUAUGACCACAUCUCCUUUGCGACUCUUCAAGUCACUGCAGUGCAACCUUCAGGAGUUUAACCAUUGACCCUCAACGUCCCCCAUCUGCUUCAUCACGCCGCCUUCACUUAGUCAACGACUAAACCAAGUACCGUCCAGCUAUCGGUCCAAUGUGAGUUUACAUCCUUCACUAGUCUAAGCGCUGCUCCUGACAUGCUGCAUGUUAUAAAUGUGGAGAGGUCGUUGGGAUUCCUCCGCUUCUUUCAGAACGCCACGUCAUUACCUCAUCACCUUUUCAACACCUGCUCAUGAAAACGAGGAUCAUUCUCAGCCUCUCUUGGUUUAAAUAUCAACUCAUUAAUAUGUUGAAUGCAGGUCUGAAAAGCACUCGUACUUUUAAUCCUCCUCAAGCAGCAUGUCCACGUCUUCAGAAGCUCAUUGGCUGCUGGGUGUAGAAACAUCGGCUGGCUGUCAUUGGUUAUUACAGGCCAGCUGCAGUGAAUGGAAACUCCUGAUUGGCCAAAUCAAAGAUCGGAUUGCUGUCUCCAUUUUGAGCUAUCUUACUUACACACAAAGAAUCCUAAAGAUGAAUGAUUACAGGAGAAUACAGAGGAGGAACCGGGGUCAGGGCUGUCAGAUCUAGAUCAGCCCCGUGGAUCUUGAUGGACGUGUUUGGACGUGGGGAAUCGUUCUGAUGCAGCAGGAACGUUUCUGUUGGAGUCUUCUGAUCAGGAGAGUUCAGUUCAUCUUCAAAUGUGAAUCAGAAGACGGUCAGAAGAGUCGACAGAUGUGUAGAGUGUGGCUGCCGUGCGGGCCGUCAUGCGUGUGCAGAUCUGAACAGGUAAAGAUGGACUGUCCCAUUCUGCGAGGCUGUUGGAGCUCCAGCAUCUCGACCGAGUCCCUCUGACCUCAUUUCAGUUUUUGUGUUUUGAUCGUUUGCUUGAUUCUGUGUGCAGAUCAAUAAAUACACGUUUCCCCUCA